CGAGUAACUCGACACGAGUGCCGUGUUCUGUGUGAGGGAGCCGAUCACUCAGUCUGCCCGUCUCCUGAUCCGCUACCUGCCUGCUGCACCAUGAGGGCUAAGGCCUCAGACAUGCACAGCAAGGACUGUGUCAAAGUGGCCGUCAGAGUCCGUCCGUUCAACAAGAGAGAGAGGGAUGCAGGCAGCCGCUGUGUCGUCUCUCUGGUGUCCAGCUCCAUUACCAUCCAGGACCCGCGCGACUCCCAGAACCGCCGGUCGUUCUGUUUCGAUUAUGCCUACUGGUCCCACAGCGGCUUCACAAGAAACCACAGUGGCCUCUAUGUGCCCGAAGAGCUGGGAGGACGCUACGCUGACCAGGACUGUGUGUUCCAGGACCUGGGAGAAGGAAUACUAGAGAAUGCACUGCAGGGUUACAACGCCACACUCUUGGCUUACGGGCAGACCGGCUCAGGGAAGAGUUACUCCAUGGUGGGCUACGGGCCAAACAAGGGCCUGGUUCCUAAACUCUGUGAGCGGCUGUUUCAGGCCAUCAGAGGAAACGAGGAAAACAGACAGUGUCAGGUCUUUUUCAGUAUGUUGGAAAUCUACAACGAGCAGGUGGUUGACCUGCUGUCCCGGGCGUCUCGUACACCAGCAGGGCUCAGAGUCAGAGAGGAGCAGCAACGAGGUUUCUAUGUGGAGGGUCUCCGUACUGUCCCCUGUGAAAGUGCACCGCAGGUGGAGCAGUUGAUGGAACAGGGGACCAGGACCAGAACCACCGCUGCCACCCACAUGAACGCCAAUAGCAGUCGCUCGCACAUGCUCAUUAUCCUCCAGCUCAAACAGAUCUUCUCUAAAGAGAGCAUCACGAAGCAGUCCAACAUUAACCUGGUGGACCUGGCUGGCAGUGAGCGUCAGCGGUCGUCAGGGUCAGAAGCUGACAGACUCAAAGAGGGCACGGCCAUCAACCUGAGCCUCACCACCCUGGGCAAUGUCAUCAGGUUGGUCUGCUGUUUAAGCUUUCUCUCACUGUGCUUUAUCAGUGUUUUCAGGUUCUCUCCUCUUCUGUCCUCCAGCGCUCUGGCUGAUGUGGCCGUGGGGAAGAAGGUUGUCCACAUCCCUUACAGAGAUUCAGUUCUCACUAAAUUGCUGCAAUCGGCUCUGGGAGGAAACAGUCGCACGGUUAUGAUUGCCACUCUGAGUCCUGCUGAUAUCUGCUAUGAGGAGUCUCUCUCCACUCUACGCUACGCUGAGAGGGCCAAGCGUAUCCAGAACCGGGCGGUGGUGAACGAGAGCCCCACCGAGCGCCUCGUCAAAGAGUUGAAGGCCGAGAACGCCAGGCUGCUGCAGCGACUGAGCCGGCUGGGCCAGGAGGGACGGAGAACCAACGAAGAGACCAAGGAGCUUCGGCAGCUGCUGGCCCACAAUGAGCUCCAGAUCAGAGCCAUUCAGACUCUGUGGGAGCAACACCUGCAAGAGGCGCUGAAAGACUGGGAGCAGCAGUACGCUAACAUCACACAGGAGAGGAGGAUGAUGCAGAUGCAUCCCUACAUCCUGAACAUCAACGAGGACGCUCAGCUGUCGGGGGUCGUCAAGCUUUUCAUCCAGGAGGGUGAAUGGGACAUGGGGCUCAUCGACUCCUCCCCAAGAUCCAUCUCUAUCAAAGGCUUAGGGAUUCAGGAUCGCCACGCAGUCUUCAGGAAUGAGCAGCGCCGCGUGACACUGACCCCGCUGCCGGGGUCAAAGGUCAUUGUCAAUGGAAAUGCUGUUUCCCAGACAACUGAGCUGCAGCACCUGGAUCGUCUCAUUCUGGGCUCCAACUGUACAUACCUGUUCAUUGGUUAUCCAUCCGAGAGGGGCGGGGAUGACUGGACGCGCUACGACUACGACUACUUCCAGUCUGAAGUGGCUGCUGCUGAGGGCAUCCACCUGGGUGAGUCCAGCGCUGGAUCCAAUCAAACAGACCCCAGUCUGCUCGCUGUCUUCUACAACUACAUCAAACUGAUGCCCAUGGUGGCGGAGGCCAACCAGAUGAGCCAGGAACUGAACAAGGGUGUCGAGUUUAAGCUGGAGAUCAAGAAUCUGGCGCUGUCCGAUUCAAAAGGCCAUGAUCUGGAGAAGGACAUCGUAGUCAGAGUCACCUCUAAAGGAAGCAAGCAGGUGUGGAUGUGGUCCAAGGCCAAGUUUGUUAACCGCAAGUUCCUGAUGGAGGACGUCUACCAGCAGCACCAGGCUGAGCAGAGCGCCGACAACACAGUACAGGGGCUGUCAGCAGUUGCGUUACCCAGAGACAAAGACCCAUUCUGGGAUCCAGUGGAGCCUCUGCUCCUGGGCACUGCUCACCUCUGGCUUCAGUCGUUGGCCUUUCGCAUCCCUCUGGAAGAGCAGCUAGAGGUGUUGGGGUCAGAGGGCACUGAGGAAGCCAUUCUUCAAGCACAGCUGAUCCCCUGCACCUCCUCUGGACUCCCUCUGGGUGAGGACGACAUCCUGAUUGACCCGUCUGAGAUCCUGGGUCGACGACUGGACUUCCAGCUGGUCUUGGAUCAGUGCUGUGGUCUCCGCUGGAUCAGAGAGGCCCGCAAUCGAGGGGUCCAAAUUGGUUUCAGGUUGUUUGACUGCAGCCAGCCUCUCUACACUCCUGCUGUGUGGCACAACGUCAAUCCUCUGUUGGAUCACAGGGUCCACUUCGCCUCCCUCCACACGUCCCAACGUCUGCUGGACUACCUGCAGAGCAGCGCUGUGGUGCUGGAGCUCUGGGGCCUUCAAGAGGGCUGCGCUCACUUGACGUCCUCUCUGGAAGCUGUGAGGAUGACUGCAGAGGGGAUCGUCAUCAUUGAUGAGUCAGGUCCAGCAGAAACUGCAACUGUGGUCUCAGGAGAGUUCAGCGGUUCAGUGAGAGCUCUUCAGCAGGACGUGGAGGAACUAAAGAGUGUCAACGCCUCCCUGAGGAAAGAAAAUCACAGUCUGAGAGAACAGCUGAACUCAGCCAGGAACGGGGGGGAAGGCGUGCGUGGUCGCUCGGUGCGUCCCAGCUGUGACGCAGAGUUUGCUCGUUCUCUGAAGGUCUUCUACCACAGUAUGACGUCAGUCAGGGGUCAGCUGCAGCGCCUGCGCAGACACAGGCCCAGUGAGGAGUCUGACCUGCUGGGCCUCAGACUGUUUGUGGACGAGCAGAGUCGUCUGCUGAGAGACUUCUCCGAGCAGCUGGAGCAGAGCGUCUCCGCUCUAAAGCAAGACGUAGCCGCCAUCGUCCGCCGGAAACGAGAACGAUCAGGAACCUGGUCUUGACUGAUUUUUGCAGAGUAUUUAAGAAGAUACAAAUGUUUGGAUUUGUUACCAUCAAGGAAAACUGCAAAAUAUACCAGUGCACUCAGAGCAUCAUUGAAAGCAGUGUUUGAAAACAAAGUGCUGCUGGAGAGAUGUAAUAUUUUGUGCAGUGUGUGAAAUACGUCAGGUCAUGUUUGUGCUGUGUCAUAGAUUGAUUUCCUUUUUUGAAACAGUUUUUUUUUAUAGUAGUUUAGGAAAAAAAGUGUUGCAUUAACUGCAAAAACAAAACAAAAAGUGACAUCUGUAAAAAGUUUAAUAGACUGCAUGUACAAUAAGUCAUUACAGUUCCAAACUGCAAAUAAAUUAAAAGGCAAAUACAAGUCAAGUCUUCAAAUUCACAACAUUAUGAUGUUUUUGAACCAUCAGGAAAUAUUUUCAGGUUUCUGCAUUUCAAUCUGAACUCGUCUCAUAAGAUGUCAUCAGAAAUCCAUGUCUCUCUGUGAAGGGACUUGAAUGAGACCGAUUUAAUGCUGUAAUAUGCACCACAGCAUCUCUCGUUGUCAUGUCCAGCUGAGAGGUAAAUGUUUGUGAGCAGUCACGACUUGCAAGAGUACAGACAAUUGCUGUAGGUCCAAAAGAAGAUUAGCGUGGGCACAUACAGGAUGAGAGGCAGAAGGUAGAUGUGAGGCAGAUCAGUCAUCACACAGUACAGGACGUCUAUGUACAAGAGAUACGCAGGCGGCUGGACAGGAGGAACAAGGACGGACAAGAGGACGGAGGCAGCAGUGAAAGGCAGAGAGUGAGCUGGGCUUCAACUGAAGAGGUAGACUGAAAAACCACCGACUGUGGGACAGACAGUUUAAGAUACGUGAUUGGGUCAGAUUAUGCACUAGUUGAGAUUCUGAGCUCCACCGUUUACACUGAAAUGAUUGUAUGAGUUUAGGACUACUUACUUUCCGAAAAGCACCCGAUUAAUGUGUGUUCGUGCAGGUAGAGAGAAGGCUGAGGGUACAGGUGAGGUAGGUCAGCAGGGGAACAAAACAUUUACACUAUGCACGUGUACAGUACCUGUAACAUUUACUUAACAAGUGGAACAUCGGAGGAAAACAUGAAGCA